AUGGCUAAGAGAAACGGCAAACCCGCGAAUCUGAACCUAAAUGACAAACAGCCGCCGAUAUCACCACAAAUAGCCCGCAUAAGGACUCUGGAGUCAAUCGGAUCCGUGCCCUCCACGCCAUCCCUAAAUGUCAACCGUUUGGCAUACAAUGUCUCGGAGUUUAACAAAGACUUUGUGCCGAUUCCCACCUCCAGGGAGGAGAAGAUCCAGAAGUUUAAGCCCGAUGUGUCCCGAAAGGCGUGGAUCCGCCGAUUGCGGGGCAUAUUUCCCAUCACUCUAUGGCUCCCGGAGUAUAACUAUCGGGAAAAUCUGUUGACCGAUAUAUUGGUGGGCAUUACUGUUGCCAUAUUUCAAGUGCCGCAAAGUAUGGGUUACUGUUUGAUAGCACACGUGCCCCCGACCUAUGGCCUAUACUCGGCUUUUUUCCCGGCCCUCUUCUACACCAUCUUUGGCACCGGCUAUCACUGCGCGUUCGGUCCCUUUGCGCUCGUGUCCGGUGUUAUGACCGGCGAUAUUGUCACACAAGUGAUGACCGAAUUGGGCAAAGAUGUGACCGCAGGUAAUGUAGAGAAAGGCACCAAAUUAUCAAGUGUUGUGUCGGAUACCAUCGGUACGACACUGGCGUCCGCAGACCAGUGGCACGACUUGGUUAACAUAGACAUCGCUAUUAUGGUGGCAAUGAUUAUCGGUAUCUACAUCUUGGGCUUCGGUAUCCUUCAGUUGGGUUUCAUAUCAAACUUUAUGUCCGAAGAGUUGAUCAGCGGUUUCACCACUUCUGCCUCCAUUAUAGUGUUUGUCUCACAACUCGCAUAUCUAUUGGGUGUUGACUAUAAACACUUUGCCGGACCCUUUAAUCUGUACUACACUCUCGAGGAGGUGUUCACGAGGCUGAAUGAGGUCAAUCUGACCACUCUGGUCAUCACAUGUGUCUGUUUGUCGAUAUUAUUGUUUUUCAAACUAGUGGUCAACCCAUACACACAGAAGACUCGGGUGAAGACCCCCUUUCCCAUCGAGUUAUGUGUUGUGAUCGGAGGCACUAUUGUCUCGCAUUUUAUGGGAUUAAAGGACGCGCCCUAUCACGUCAAGAUUGUUAACCACAUCGCUGACCAUUUCCCGACCCCGAUGUUACCCCGAUGGGAUCUAUUCUCCAUAAUGUGGAGUAAGUGUAUCGCCACAGCUAUAGUCGGCUACACUAUCACACUCUCGGUGUGCAAAAUGUAUGGCAAAAAACACGGCUAUAAGACCGAUGCCAACCAAGAGAUGACCGAUGCCAACCAAGAGAUGGUAGCCAUGGGAGCGGCGAAUAUGAUAUCGUCGACCUUCCAGUGCAUCCCAUGCGCCGCUUCUUUACCCCGGAGUGCACUCCAGGAGACGGCCGGCGGUAAGACCCAAGUGGUCAGUAUUGUUAACUGCCUGUGCAUUAUUGUCGUCAUACUAGCGCUCGGCAAGUAUUUGGAGGAAUUGCCAACAUGUGUAUUGGGUUCGUGUAUAGCCGUAGCGCUGGUCUCGUUGGUCACCAAAGUUGGCGAUUUUUGGCGCUUCUGGAAAGUGUCUAAACUGGACGGGGGCAUAUGGAUUGUCACAUUUUUGGCAGUACUAGUGAUUAGCGUGGAUUACGGCUUAUAUAUCGGGCUAAUAUUGUCGCUAUUGUUGUUGAUAUGGAAAUCCGAAAGACCCAAAACCUAUUUGUUGGGCACCACUAAUGAUCUGGAUAUAUACGUACCGAUCAAUAAAUUCAAUAAUGUUGAAGAGCCCAAGGAUUUCAAGAUAUUUCAAAUGUGCGGUCCUUUGAAUUUCUCAAAUGUUGAAUACUUUUCCACUGAAUUGGAAAAUAAA